UAAUAAACUUUCUCUCUCUGUUUUAGAUUAUUUAUGUCAUCAGGAAUCCAAAAGAUGUUGUUACAUCUAAUUAUUAUAUAGGAAAACAUUUUGCCCUUUUGUAUAAUCAGCUGACUUUUGAAGAACAUCUUAAUGCAUUUAUCCAAGGUGAAGUGACUUUUGGAUCCUGGUUUGAUCAUACCACUGGAUGGCUAACAAGGAGAGACACAGCGAACUUCCUCCUCAUGUCCUAUGAGGAGCUACAGAGGGAUCUCAGAGGCAACAUGCAAAAAUUGUGUCAAUUUCUGGGCAAACCUCUGAGUCCAGAGCAACUCGAUUCUUCUGUCCAACACUUGUCCUUCUCAGCCAUGAAAGAGAACGCGAUGUCCAACAGUAUACUGCUAAGAAAUCCGAAAGAUGACACGGUCCACAAUAUACCAUUGCUGAGAAAGGGCACGUGUGGCGACUGGAAGAAUGUCUUCACUGUGGCCCAGAGUGAAGCCUUUGACACCGUCUAUCAGGAGAAGAUGGCGAAGCUUGAUCCUGGUCUCUUCCCCUGGUCAGAAUACUGCUGACUGAUUCCCCGCCCCUCCCAGACAGGGUUCUCAGUGCAGUCCUGGCUGUGCUGGAACUAGCUCUGUAGACAGGCUGGCCUUGAAUUCAUAGAUCCUCCUGCCUCUGCUUCCUAUGUGCUGGGAUUAAAGGGCUGCAUCUCCUCAGCCUUAUUGUCUGGUUGGAAGACUGUAAAUAAACCUUCCAAGAACUCUGAGUGUUAGCUACCCAUAAUUUAAAAAAAAAAAAACCUGUCUUCCUUUCUUCCUUCCUUCCUUCCUUCCUUCCUUCCUUCAUUCCUCCCUUCUUCCCUCGUUCGUUCAUUCCUUCAUUUUUUUUGGUCAUAUGGAUGCAAGUCAGUCAUCUGGAUACAGGAAAUCUCAACUGAGAAAACACCUCCAUCACACUGUUCUGUAGGAGCACCCAGCCCACUCACGGUGGUGCUGUCUUUGGGAAGUGACUCUUGGUUGUAUGAAAAAAAAAUCAGUCUGAGGAGGUGAUAGGGAGCAAGUCCAUAAGCAUCAUUCCUCCAUGGUCUCUACUUCAGUUCCUGCCUCAGUUUCCCAAGAUCAUGGGCCUGCAAGCCAAAUAAACCCUCCUGUCCCUA